UUAGAAAUCUCCACCUACUCUCAAAUAAUUCUAUUUCUUUCGUCAAGUAGCAUUAGAGAAGUAAUGAAGACCGAGGCAAGAGAAGAGAAGGAUAAUGUAUCAACAUGUGAGAAGAGAAGAGAUAAAAGGAAGGAGUUGAGGAAAAGAGAUGGAAUGAAAGAGAUUUAGAGGGAGGAGAUGUAGACCUUUAAGUACGUCUUAACUCGCAAAGUCAGUUGGCAUCUUGCCUCUCUAUACACAUACAGCUUUCAAAUUAUUCAGAAAGAUUAAUUUCCCAGUUACUCUUCCAUCUACCUCUACCAAUUAACACUUUCAUUUACCCCCGUCAAAGUCUUCCUUAUAUUCUCUUCUUUUACUGUUUAAUUUUGUGUUGGACAAAAUUCAUAAUUUACAUUAUUUGAUUAGUCUUCGAGUACAAAUUAGAUAUGGAUAUAAAACACGACACGUCGACUAAGGAAUAAUUUAAUUUAAAUUCAUUUCAACUGGUGACAGUGUUCCUGUAUGUGCUUCAAUUAUAAUAGAUAUUCAUUUGAAAAAAAGAAAAAAAUGAAAAAAAAAUGUUCGCAUGACAUUACGAAUUAUUUGCGUUUAUAUAUAAUUAAUUAUAAUUGGUUGGGAACACGAGCUAUAUUAGUGGUUUUACAUAAGAAAAAGAAGCAAAAGAUAACAGGUAGUAAGAGAAGUGGAAAGUAAAACAGCGCACAGUACACGUGUCGAAAGUAUAUUCUAUAUUUUCAAUGACUAUUUAUCAGAAACAUUCUAUUUAUUAGUCUUAAAGGAAAAAUAAAGUAAUACAUUGUGUUAAGUUUUCAAAUUAUUUUGCUACAAUUUAUCAUCAACUGUAUCAUUAAAUUAACCAAUUAUCCAAGUGAUUUAUAGUUUAAAGUAUCCCAGUUAUUCAAUUAAAUGUGAAGAAACAUCCAUCAAAAAAAUAUGUUAACUUCAGAAAGCGAGGAUCCAGUUAAUGAAUCAAUUAUCAUAUCUCAAGUUGCUAAUUCUCAUAUCCCCCAAGAUUUUACUGUUUCGAGGCUUCUAUCAACCACAAAUCAUUCUCUAGAUUGCAAUGAAUCUACAUCUAAUGGAGGAAGAAGACCAAGAAGAAGCAGGACAACAUUCUCAGCUCAACAACUUGCAGCUCUUGAAAGAGUUUUUGAGAGGACACAUUACCCUGAUGCUUUCGUAAGAGAAGAGCUUGCAACAAGAGUCUCUUUAUCUGAAGCCAGAGUGCAGGUCUGGUUUCAAAAUCGACGAGCAAAGUUUCGGCGAAAUGAAAGGAGUUCAGCAUUAAAUCGUGGUGCAGUGCCUACUCGAGAAAUUGAAACAACACUGCCACUACGACCUAUCAGGAUAGCACAUACUCACGAAACAUCAUCCGAGUCUCUACAAUCUCCAUCCCAAGUUUCACAAUAUUCUUACAGCGAUUAUUGGAGAUCAUCUCAACAUUAUGCUGCAAUACAAACUACAGCAAAUUGUCAUGGAUAUGUUAAUAGUAAUCUCAGUAAUGUUAGUUUUCCAUCAUAUCACCAGUCUGAAGUACACGGGGGUAUUGAUGGAGCUGCAAUGAAUAGUUUAAGUGCCCUUAGAUUGAGAAGUCAUCCUUAUGGAGCUGCUUAUUCCGCUAUGCAUGCCAGUAUGUGAUUAAAAAUAAUCUAAAAUUCUUUUUAAGUCGAAAAAGUGCCUUAAUUAUAC